AUGACAGCAGAGGUGAUGCACUUCAGCAAAACUUCAUACCCUAAUUUUCAGGCCAUCAACGGUCCCGGUCCGACGCCGUCAGCCGCGCGCAGCUAUCCUUUGCAACCGCAGCCUCGAGACCCUCGUGGUGACCGACUGUCCCCCGGCGCCGGCCUGUUCCACCACGCGCCGCCGACCACGACCUCGGCUCCCAGGCCGCCUCCGCUGCCUGCGACAUCCUCCCAGUCGUUCCGCGCAUCGGGCGCCCUGUCGCCCUUCCGCCCGCGGCUGCUGUCGCAUCCCGCUCCUCUUCUCUCCGACUGGCACAGCGCGCGCCGUCCCCGAUCCAUUUUGGUCGCUUCACCCGCCGACCGUGGCGUCGCAGCCAUGAGCGUCGCCUACGAGCCACGCAACUUCAUACACGAAGGCGCAUAUCCCUCCAUCGGCGAGGAUCACGAUCACGACGACCACGAUGGCGCCGACCAGCGCUUCACCGACUCCGAGGUCGCCGAGCACCUGAGCCAUUACACAGCAGACGCCUCUCUGCUCGCCGAUGAGCGCGAGGUUCUCGACGACCGGGAUGUCCUGGGCGACGAUCGGGGCGUUAUGGGCGAUGACAGAGGCAUCAUGGCCGACGACAGCUCGGUGCAGGACGCAUCGAGACUGGACCUCGGUCCGACAGGUUUCUCGUCGCCACUUCAAGUCUCGCUGACAGCGCCGUCAAUGGCUGAAGCGCUCUCCGACGGGAAAGACCCUUCGCCGGGGGCCGGCUCGCCAUCGUCAAUAAACCGAGUCAAGGCAGUCGCGAAGCCUGACCGUGAGGUGACCAAGGGUCCUGACGGAAGGUUCCAUUGUGCCAUGCCCGAUUGCAAAGAGGAAAUUCGGUCUUUUUCGCGCAAGUGCGAGUGGAACAAACACAUGGACAAGCACGAGCGCCCUUACCGGUGUCCUGCCGAUGGAUGCGAAAAUCUCCCCGGCUUCACAUACUCUGGCGGCCUUCUCCGACACGAGCGUGAGGUCCACGGCAAGCACGGGGGGCCGAAGAAUACGGUCAACUGCCCGCAUCCCAACUGCAAGCGGCAUACAGGCAAAGGCUUCUCUCGACAGGAGAACCUCAACGAGCACCUGCGGCGCGUACACACCAACAUGGAGGGCUCUACCCCACCUGCGGCCGACAGCGUCGCUUCCCCCGACGACGACGAGAGCGAAAAGUCCGGCACGAAGCGGAAGCGCCGGAUGAGCGACCAAGGCGAGGAGCUUACUGAGCUUCGGGCCGAGGUCAAACGCCUGCGCGAGCAAAACGAGAAGCUCAAGUCCGAGGUGGAUCAGCAGUCCCAGCACUCGCUCGCCAUGAUGGCGCAGAUCGCAGAGCUGCAAGACGCCCUGAGACACGGCAUUGGGCAGCACGGACUAGGAGCACCGACGGCGCAGAUGAUUUAG